CCACUUUCCGUCGUUGCUUGGGCCGGGAUUGGAGCAUCGGUUCUUACUGAUUUACUGUCGCUUUUUCGACACAAAAAACUGAAAGCCAUUUCACAUAUCGAAUAUUUUCACACCAUUGCGUGGUUUAGAAGUUUUCUUGUCUGAUAUCAUCAAGUUGAUGUGUUUUAUUUUGUUUAAAUCUUUGAGUGCGGGGGUCUUUUUGUGUUGAGUUGGGGGUCUUAUGCGUCGUCCAGAAGAAAGCUCUGUUAACUCGUGGCUCUGCGUGUUUUUCUUUUGUGCUUAAUCCGAAAAAGUAUCCCGGGCAACCCUUAAAACCGGCUCUGCGUGUUUCUCCGCUGUGUACAGCAAAGACGAGCUGCAACAUACAAGCGAAGACCAGUCGUUUUAAAAGCAGAAGCCUACGUGAAAACUGUUUGAUCUGUAACCAGACAGAAACAAAAAUGGAGCAGAGAGAAGAUGAGCUGAACCAAGAUUCUAUCGCAUGUCCGAUCUGUCUGGAUCUCCUCAGCGAGCCCGUGACCAUCCCCUGUGGCCACAGCCACUGUAUGAGCUGCAUCAAAGGUCACUGGGAUGAGGAAGACCGGGCCGGGGUCCACAGCUGCCCCCAGUGUGGCCAGACCUUCAGCGGGAGACCUGCCUUGAAGAAAAACACAACGUUGUCAGACUUGGUGGAGAAGCUGCAGAGGGACGGUCUGAAAGCGAGCCGAUCCGAUCACGGCUCUGCCGGACCCGAAGACGUGGCCUGUGACGUCUGCAGCGGGAUCAAGCUAAAGGCUGUGCAGUCCUGCUUGGUCUGCUUGGCCUCUUACUGCGACAAACACGUUCAGCUUCACUACGAAUCUUCUGCGUUCGAGAAACACAAGCUGGUGGAGCCCUGCAGAGACCUCCAGGAGAGCAUCUGCUCCCUGCAUGAUGAGGUGAUGAAGAUCUUCUGCCGCACCGAUGAAGAGCUGAUCUGUUAUCUCUGCCUAAUGGAUGAACACAAAGACCACGACACAGUCUCACUUGCAGCAGAAAGGACUGAGAAGCAGAAGGAGCUCCAGGUGAGUCGACAACAAAUCCAGCAGAGAAUCCAGGACCAAGAGAAAGAUGUGAAGCUGCUUCAACAGGAGGUGGAGGCCAUCAAUGUCUCUGCUGAUAAAACAGUGGAGGACAGUGAGAAGAUCUUCACUGAGAUGAUCCGUCUGAUCCAGAAAAGAAGCUCUGAUGUGAAGCAGCAGAUCAGAUCCCAGCAGGAAACUGAAGUGAGUCGAGUCAAACAGCUUCAGGAGAAGCUGGAGCAGAAGAUCACUGAGCUGAAGAGGAAAGACGCUGAGCUGGAGCAGCUCUCAGAGAUAGAGGAUCACAACCAGUUUCUCCACAACUACCCCUCACUGUCAGCACUCAGUGAGUCUACACACUCACCCAGCAUCAAUAUUCGUCCUCUAAGAUACUUUGAGGAUGUGACAGCAGCUGUGUCAGAGCUCAGGGUCAUAAUACAGGAUGUAAUGAGAGACUCGUGGACAAACAUCUCCCUUAAAAUCGCUGAGGUGGAUGUUUUACUGCCAGAACCAGAACCAAAGACAAGAAAUGGCUUCUUGAAAUACUCUAAAGAAAUCACUCUGGACCCAAACACGGCGCACUCGCAUCUUCUGUUGUCUGAGGAAAAAACAAAAGCCACCUACAUGAAGGAAGACCAGCACCAUCCGAGCCAUCCGGACAGGUUCACCGCCUGGCACCAGGUGCUGAACACAGAGAGUCUCACCGGUCGCUGUUACUGGGAGCUGGAGGCCAAACGUGGCGGAGUUCGUGUUGCGGUCGCGUACAAGAACAUCAAAAGAGCCGGCCGCUUGAAUGAAUGUUUGCUGGGAUGCAACGACAAGUCGUGGGCGUUAUGUUGUGACCGCAACAGCUACACGUUUUGGCACAACAACGUGAAAACUCCACUUUCAGGUCCUUGCUUCUUGAGAGUGGGAGUGUACCUGGAUCACAGAGCAGGUAUUCUGUCUUUCUACAGCGUCUCUGACACCAUGACUCUCCUCCACAGAGUCCAGACCACAUUCACUCAGCCUCUACAUGCUGGACUCCUUUUUUACUCUGAUGGAGACACUGCCGAGUUCAUCAACCUCAAAUAGAUAACGUCUUUAAAAAGAUGCCGAAAAAAUUGUGGUGCGGGUGGAAUAUUCAUUUGCAUUUUAAAUUAUAAGGUAUUGAUUGCUGUGUGAUUUACAAAGGAAAUCUUUUACAGCAGUUGUGAUCAAACACAUAACCAUUUUCACGUACAAGCUGCGAUGGAUCGUUUUCCUGUUGGAAUAUAAAGUUAUUCAUAGGCAAAACAACACAUAUAACUUGUCAAAUCUGACCUGGAGAUUAAUUAAUUAAAGGAUAAUUUAAAUAACCAUAUUUUCAUUGGCAUUUCUUGGAAAAUCUUAAAUUGCAUGUAAUGCCAAUCUAACCUGUUCUUUGUGAUUGACUGAUGCCAUUGCCAAGUCUUGUUUACUUGUUGCUCUUUCAUUACGAUUUUUAAAUGACCCGUAAGGCCGUACUUUUAGGUCACUAAUGGCUCUAGUUUUAAUAUUCAUGAAAUAAUAGGAUAUCAUUUAUAAAUGCAGCUGACAUAUUUUUAUCCUCUGUUGAAAUGACAUGCCUGACAUAGUUGUAAUUAGUUGUAUAUUUUUUUUCCUAAAAUUGUAUCUUAACAAUAUGCAUCACUGUAAAAAGAUCUUUGAAAACAAAAAAUUGUAAAUGUUUCAUUCUGUUUAGCCUUAAACAAGCUCCUAGAGAUCCAGUAAUUAUCCUUAUUAAAAUAAGUUGUUAAUAGAAGUAACAUCAUCAGAUUUUAAAUGUUUUUUUAAACUGUGCAUCAUCUGCGUAAACUGUAAUCUUAGGAUAAAUUAUCAUUCUUUUUUCUUUUUUUUAAACAUAAAAGUAAAGGACCCAUGCCUGAAUGUUGUGGCAGAUUUCAGUUUUGGUUCAAGCUG